CGGACGAGGGCGUGGGAGAAAGUGUGAACUGCUUGAAGACGUUUGGUACAUAUCUGCGGUCAAGUCCAGCUCUUCCUUGUCGCCUCUAUACGCUCUAUCUGUUUACCCUUUUCCCUUCCUUUCUCUUUUGGUUUCCUACUCGUAGGCUCACUCGUUUUAACCUACUUACAUUCAUUCCUUGGAACCUUUCAGCCUUGUGGCUGUAAAAUAUUUCCCUUCUUUUUUUUUUUCUAUUCUAAUACUCCCUUCUUUUAUUCAAACACUUUACCCCACAAUCCUUUAUACUAUUAUUCAUCCGAACGAUACUUUGACUUACCAAGCCCAGCUUCUAAAAAUUACUUGGGCCAUCACGAAACGUCAUUGAUCGCGAUAUUGCUUUGAUCAGCUUCCCAUAUAAAUGGUUUCUUUCUUUUCAUACAUGCGCUUUGCCCAACAACAGAAGCAAGGCUUUCGCCCGGAAUGGAGGUUGUUAUAUCUUCUAGAGACGAUGGUGUGUCGGAGGUGAUGCAGGAGUGGACUGAGGAUGAGGAGGUAACACGGAUUAGGAGGAUGCGAUCCGGCGAGUGGAUGGGUUCCUCCCCGAGGAAGCCCACCCACGACAGGAUGAGGAGUGAGGCAAGUUCGGCGCACAUGAGGAAUUUUCAGAGCGAGAAGGCCAAGGGCCGCCAAACAGUCAACUGGCCCUUUGCGAGCGUCACGAGCGAGACGACAACCGUUAUGUCGAAUCCCGCCAUGCCCGACUUCCCACUACGCAGGAGGAGACAGACAUGGCAGACGCCCGGGAUAAGGGACAGCGACAUCUUCAGCGUCGAUGGAUCCAUUGUUCCCGACUACGUGAGGAACUACAUCCGAGGAGAGACGCCCGAGUCCCUUGCCAAAAAGCGAAAGAACAAUGGACGCCUGGCCGAACGAGACGUCGAAUACAACGAGGACGGAAUGGGACACAGCCGCCUGCAGUCAAGGGCAGGUGAGCUUGGUGGUUUCGGGGCUGAUGACGGCGGACAUUCGACGAUUGGAUCCGACAUGAGUGGUGACGACAGACGCCAUCUGAUGCGAGGGGCCGGAGGUGACGGCCGGGGGAGUGGCGGAUCAUGGGGAAGCUUGGCGGGAGGCUGGAGGGCCGGAGUCUCGGUGAACCUGCUCAUCGCCUUCAUCGUGUUCGCCGGCAGUCUGGCCUGCUUCAUUGUGGCCCUCGCCGGGAGCCGUCCGGCAAAGCGGCUGCUGACCAACGAGGCAAGCAUCUUCAACGGGUCCUGCACCGAGGCGUCCGGUGUCAGCUAUGGCCUGCAUGCUCUUGUCAACGUUCUGGGGCUUGUAGGCAUCGCUGGUGCCAACUACGUCUUCCAGGUGCUCACGAGUCCGACACGUGCCGAGGUCGAUGCUGCUCACGCAAAGAAGCAGUGGCUUGACAUUGGCAUCCCUUCGGUGCGUAACCUGGGACGUAUUGCUCCCAUGCGGAGUGUACUGGCCCUGGUCCUUGUGCUGGUGGCCGUAGCCUCGCAAGUAAUCUAUAAUUCAUUAAUCUUCACGUCGCAGGCUGGGGUUGGAUACAACCUCGUCUUUGUAACGGAAUCGUUCUUGACCGGAGCCCCAUUCAGCAAUGCAACAUCCAACAACGCAGGGAGGCUGGGACGCCUCGACAUUCUCUCACUGCAAGACCAGGCCAGCCGCAACCAGCUGGUGAACAUGACGGCGGCCGACUGCAUCUCACGGUUCAGCGGCAACUUUGACACGGAAUUCAGCGCCGCACUCUUCGUAACACGCCUCGACGACCCGAGCAACUCGCUCGUGCAGACCGCCAGCCCAGCCUCUGCAGUCCGAUUCGGCGUCAACCCGGUGGCGGCAAAGGCUGUAACGGCCGACGCGGCUCCAAUCAACCCCGAUUCCGUGCAGUUUUGCCUGGCUCGGCGGGCAACCACCGAUUCAAAGACGUGCACCGUAGUCCUCAACGGAUCGCUUCUCGGGCUUGUGGUGCUCCUCAACCUGGUGACACUUGUUGUCACUGCCCUAGUCCUGUUCCGGACAUCGAGGGUUUCCAGGCCACUCGUGACCCUCGGAGACAGUCUCUCAUCGUUCCUCCAGGUGGCCGAUGAGACUACGCAGGGGUCUUGUCUAAUGAGCAAGACGGACGUGUUGCAGAAGCGCUGGGGUCUCCGUGAGAUCAAGUACUGGGUCCCCACGGCCCAGUACUGGUUCCAAAGUGCAAGCCUGCCCCGCUGGGUGUUCAUUUGCUCUAUAUGGACCGUAAUGACGGGACUCACAGCCUCGGCUCUGGCUAUGAACCUGUCGCGCAAAAACGACUCGUCGGCAGACCGGCCUCUCACGACGCUCGGCGUCGCUUCAGCAACUGCCGUGUUCCCGCUUGCGUCAGAUGUUCCGGCAUUGGGCGCGUGUCUGAUUGCUGCACUCCCGCAACUUCUACUGGCCGUGUUGUAUCUGGCCACCAACAGCCUCCUGACUACAUUCUACUUGAGCCACGAGUCGGCGCUGUACGCAUCCGGAACCCCCAUGCCCCUGCGCGUGUCUUACCAGCCACAGGGCGACCAAACCACCAGCCUCUACCUUACGCUCCCGCGUCCGCUUUCCUGGGGCCUGUGUGCUGGCUUCGGCGGCAUGGGCUUCCUGCUAAGCCAGAGCGUCUUCGUCGUGGGCGCCAAGCUCAACGGCAUGACUGGCGGCGACAGCAUGGAAGCCUCGUCGGAAAUGGUUGGCCUCGGCUUCAGCGACACGGGACUCCUGGUCCUGCUGGCCGUGGUCGCCGUUCUCGGGGCCGGAGUGGUGGGUAUGAGCCUCCGGCGCGCCCCCAGAGCCACCACGGCCGAAGGUCAGGCGCCAGGCAACCCGCUCGUGCUAGAGGCGGGCAGCUGCAGUGCCGUCAUCAGCGCCCGGUGCCACAACACCGAGCCCGACGAGCCGAGCGACAUGGCGGCGAGGAAGCUGAUGUGGGGAGUCGUCUCGCCUAUGUUCCGAAACGACAUGGAGGUGGCUCACUGCGCCUACUCAUCGCGUGGCGUUGAAAGGUUAGGGAUGACGACUGGCUAUUCAUGAAAAGGCCAGUUUUGUCACUUCCCCCCAUAAAAAAAUGUUUACUUUUCUUGCGUAAACUAUUUUUUUAGUUUUCUUUGUACACCUUUCUUCUCUAUGUCUUUUUCCUUUUGUCUUUUUUUUUACUCGGUUCGGAAAAGGGAAAGGGAAACGUAUCUCAGGCGCUACGGCUGACACGGGUGAACAAGAAAAAGGCAGCAAGGUGUGGGUUGUGUGUGGGCUGGCUUUUUUUUUCGCUCUGGACGGGGGAGUUAUUGGAUUGUUACUAUGUACUUGCAGGGCGUUGGAUUAUACCCGGUAUGGAAUCAUUAAAUGGUCCAUUUUGCCACUUUUCGCUACUUUUUUUGUAUUUUCAUCAUUUUAAUUCUCUUGUUGUCUAAAAAACAACGAGGCAACAAAAUACAGGAAAGAGUUGGUCAGC